AUGAACUCCUCCAGCAGUAAUGCCACGACUGCAUCCACCACGAAUACGAACGGGCUUUCGCCAAUCAAUCAGUUUGAGCUCUGGUCACCGUUCGAGAUUCUACGUGAGACCGCCCCACAUGUGAUAACCAUUGACAGGGUGGUUACCCCUAUUUGGUACAUCAUUGGCUUCAUCGGGAACCCAAUCUCGGCCAAAAUAUGGCUUUCAAGAAAAGUGAGCAGUUCUAAUUCCUCUGCAGUUUAUUUUGGCUCCCUUGCCAUUGUUGAAACUCUGUACCUUAUCUUGCACGUGAUUUACGAACUCCACGUGGCUUGGGGUUACAACACGUACCACACACGAGUUUCCUGCGAGAUAUUCAACUUUCUCUUUUUGACACCUCAGUACAUGGUACCAAUUCUUGUAUUGGGAUUUACAACCGAGCGAUAUAUCGCCGUCUGCCAUCCUUUUGUUAAAGAGAAAUAUUGUACUGUUACCCGUGCAAAGAUCGUGAUAGGCUGUAUGUCCGCUUCUUCGGUCGUGUUUGGACUUGUUCAAGUGUACAUUUGGGCGUUUAAUGACGACCUCGGGAGAAAAUCGUUUAAUAGAGCAACGACAUCAGACUACAGUCCGACAUGUAAUGGAAAAGCACUGUGUUCUGAGACAUUCGUGCUCAACGAAAUGGGUGAUCAGUGA